ACAGGAUAAAAAGACUGAAUUUGGAGUACUGAGAUUAGUUUUUGAACAAGCUGUUUCCAAAGAGUAUUAGAAAAGAUUAACUGAAGCAAAAUGUUGGAUAAGUCUAUUAUUUUUUGUCUUCUUGCUGUUAGUUUUGGACAGAUACAUAAUUUUGGACGCUGUCCAACGCCCAGUAGAGGACGAGUUGAUUUAGAUAGAUAUUCCGGCAAAUGGUAUGAAUAUCAACGAAGUUGUAAUAUUUGGGACAAUGCUACCAAAUGUAUUAGAGCUUACUGGGACAAACCGGAGGGAGGAAUAUCAAAAGUUCUGUCAACAAGUAUCUCGCUUAUUAAAAAUGGCGUUAAUUCAUCAUUAGCCGCCGAAGCUGCCAAUAAUGAUCAUAAUUUGGGUAUGAAUUAUCAUUCUCCUAAUUUAGGCCCUCGGUAUUAUGAGUAUUGGAUUCUUGACACAGACUAUGAUAAUUACGCUAUUUCAUGGAGUUGUGAAAACAAUGAAUUAACGAGAACGGAAUAUUCGUACAUAUUCACGAGAAACGAUAUACCUGCAGUAGAUGUUGAAAAAAUAGCAAGAGAAGUUUUCGCACGGGAAAGCUUUGAAAUGCCUUAUAUGGCUACGAUAGACCAACAAAAUUGUCCUUAAUCUUUAAUUACUCUGGUCAAAAACAGAACUUGAUUUAGACUUGGUCGUCUUAAAUCGUGACUAAGUAAGACCAGUUAAGUCACGAUUUAAGACGAUCAAGUCUAAAUCAAGUUUUAUUUUUGACCCGGGUAUAAAUUUAAAAAUACAUGUGGUUCUAUUUUCAAUGUAAUUAGACAUAAUACAAUUUAAUUAAAUUCGCUAAAGUUUCCACAUGAUAAUAUAUUAUCUGUUAAAAAAUUUAUUCUUAAUUAUUCAGA